GUACAGGAGGCAGGAUGAGAGGGGUACAGGAUGCAGGAUCUUUGCAUGAAAACACAGAGCUGACGGAGGGUCCGCUAAGUACACACCCAGAGCUGAUGCAUGCUGUCAGUAUACUCAUUUUGUGGGAAGAGGAGGAGAUGCGUUAUCCAUGCCAGCAGUGUGCUCAUUGAUAGCUGGUCGCCCUGAGCUCCUCACUUCACUGGAGCUCCAGACCCAGGACACAACAUUAGAGGAGCUGCAGAACCUGGACCCCAAAUUAGAGGAGCUCCGGACCCAAGACCCCACAUAAGAGGGACUCCAGACCCAGGACCCCACAUAAGAGGGACUCCAGACCCAGGACCCAACAUUAGAGGAGCUCCGGACCCAAGACCCCACAUAAGAGGGACUCCAGACACACACAAAAAACACAUUAGAGUUUCAUACCAAGGACCCCAUAUUAGAGGACCUCCUGCCCCAGCACCCCACAUUAGGGGACUCCAGAUAAAGGACCCCAUAUUAGAGGACCUCCCAACCCAGGACCAAACAUUAGGGGACUCCAGAUAAAGGACCCCGUAUUAGAGGACCUCCCGACCCAGAACCCCACAUUAGGGGAACGCCACUCUUCGGUUCCCCACAUCCUAAGAGCUCCACUUUCUGCCCCAUCAUGACCUCCAACUCGUCACUGUAUGUCCCUCUCCUGGAGAGCUCCCUCCUCCUGCAAGAGGUCCAGGACUACCUGCUGGCCACCAACCUAUCCAACCUGUCCGACCUGGCCACCGGGCACAUAGUGUCUGAGGACGACCUGGACGUGAACACCCACUUGUUCUCCAAGGUUCUGGUGACCAUCAUCUACCUGGCGCUGUUCGUGCUGGGCUGUACAGGUAACGCGGUGACUGCAUACACCUUGCUGGGUAGGAGGUCCCUCCAACACCUGCAGAGCACGGUCCACUACCACCUGUCCAGCCUGGCCCUCUCAGACCUGCUCAUAUUGCUGCUCAGCAUGCCCAUCGAGACCUACAACUUCAUCUGGGUCCACCACCCCUGGGCGUUCGGGGACCCGGUCUGCCGGGGCUACUACUACCUGCGGGACACCUGCACCUAUGCCACCGCCCUCAAUAUCGCCAGCCUGAGCGUGGAGAGGUACAUGGCCAUGUGUCACCCCUUCAAAGCCAAGUCCAUUAUGUCCCGGAGCCGGACCAAGAAACUCAUCGCCCUCAUCUGGCUGGCAUCGGGGCUCCUCGCCACCCCUAUGAUAUUUACUAUGGGGCAGAUCUACGGCCUGGGCAAGGAGGACCCCGACCACCUCAUCUGCACCCGGACCGCAGACAUGGCCACCUUCAAGACCGUCAUACAGGUCAACGCUUUCCUGUCCUUUGUGUUCCCGAUGGUAGUGAUCUCGGUGCUGAACACAAUCAUCGCCAACCAGCUUAUCAUUAUGGUGAAGCAAUCUCAACAGGAGAACCAAGUGUGCACCAUCGGAGGACAGCAGACCGUCCUGAACAUGCCUAUGGAGCCCAGUCGAAUCCAGUCCUUAAAGCAUGGCGUCCGAGUUCUACGAGUGGUGGUUAUUGCGUUCGUCGUGUGCUGGCUGCCAUACCAUGUCCGGAGGUUGAUGUUUUGUUACGUUCCAUCAGAGAUGUGGACAGACGCCCUGAAUGACUUCUACCACUACUUCUACAUGCUGACCAAUGUUCUGUUCUACGUUAGCUCCACCAUCAACCCAAUUCUUUACAACCUGGUUUCUGCUAAUUUCCGACAGACAUUUGUCUCCACGCUGAGUGUUUUGUGCCCACCAUGGAGAAGAAAGAAAAGCCACCCAUCUUUCACCAGGAAAUCAAACAGCAUAUCCAGUACCAACCAUACGUUUUCUACCCAGAUCACACGGGAGACUCCUUAUUGAGUUCCCGGGACUCGAUAAGCACCCGCUCAGUCCUGUCAUCGUCUGUCUAUCGCUGGUGUCUGUUCAUAUAACACCUUCCUGGUCGUUCUGUUUCAAGAAACGUGUUUGGCUCCUAAUUAUUUGCACAUAAGUGAUAAAAACUGACAUUUCAGGUGUCUUCAAUGUUCAAGAUGUUAUGGGUUAAGAGGACAAAAUAAAACAUCAUCUUUUUGGUGAAAUUAAUUCCUAAAUAGAUGGGAAUUCAUGUUUUCCCAUCGAGAAACAGACUGACAUUUGUUUUGCAAAAUUUCACAUUUUGCAGGAAUUGUAGCAGUGAUUGCGAAGAUGUAGUAAAGCACUGUAAAUAUGUUAUUAAAUAUAGUUACUGUUGAUAAUAGUUUGAAACAUUCUGACUGAAGUCCUCAAAACUCCAUCCAUGGUCCACAAAUGAUUCUGUCCCUCCAUGAGUUUCUAAAGAGCAAAUAUAAUCCGAAGUGAAACUCGUCCAUAAGAUACCAGAGUCACUGUCCCACUUGGUGUAAGUAAAUUGGCGUCAAAAUAGUAUGGAGGAAAAACAGAUUUAAAAAUCUUCUGAGGGAUUCAUUCACCAAACUCCAAAUUAUAGAGAAAUGGAAAUCCAAAUGGCAAAAUGUAGGGAACCAUUUCUAAUUUAUAAAUCUUUUCCAACUCACCUCUCAUUCAAUUUUCAGUUUGCAGCAGUUUGACGUUCAGUAAAGAAAAUCGCUACUGCUGUUGGUUUUUGUCCACAGGGUCCCUUUAAAUAGACACUACCAUCACUUCAGCAUUAAAUGUAAUUUACAAUUGUUGUAUAAUCAUUGAUUACAUAAAUAAGUAACAUUGUGGCUGUAGUGUCACUAAACGAAUCCCUAUAAUUAACACACACUGUAAGCCUAUGUAAAGGCUAGCUAAUGACUGAGUAUAGUGUUUUGGUUUUUGUUCGCUCCUCUGUAUAAAAUCAAUAUGGAUAUAUGGAUACAGCAUUUCACUCACAAAGACUUCUCCCAGGCGAGGCCACUGCAAUUCCUAUUCUACAGGGCUGACUGAGAGUGUUCUAACAGUGAGAGCACAUCGGAUAGGUUAGCUUGUGUGUAGAGUUCUAAUAUCUGAUUUAAUUCAUGUGCCCACCACUAAGUGGCCCUACGACAGAGAUGGCACACCAGAUGUUUUUAAACUACAUUUCCCAGGAUGCUCAGUCCGUUUUGAUGUGUUAGUGUUAGCCAUCACUGGGCUAGGUGUGGAUAAUAAAAAUAUUCAGUGGGGUACACCUGCAGAAUGGGCCUUGAUAUAUACCUGGUACGUAUUACAUUGCCUUAAUCUCUCCCCUAUCUCUCUCUUUUCCUGGUUUAGUGAGAUAGGAAUUUCGACCUUUGUAGGCAGUGUUAGGACCAAUCUGCGUUAAGUGCAAUGUUGCCUUCAUUGCCUGUGGCAUGAGAUGUACACUGAUUAAUGCACAAAUAGAAUGGAUUAAAAGUUAGGAAAUUAAUGGAAAUAACCCGACAAAGUAUUUUGGUUCCAAAUUCGACUUGAUGGGUUAGAUUGUAUCUGAUUCGUGCCCUGUAAGAUACAUUGUGUGUAACCUGACCGCCAGAAUGGAGGGAUUCUCCGGAGCAGAUCUUCUGUCUCUAAAAAAAACUCCAGGAAACAAAAUAUCCCAUGAGAUUGGAUUUCCUUCUGCGCCACAUGGAGAACGAUGAUCAAAUCCAACAGACAAGGGAAGGAGAAGGACACAAACUGCAGUGGAGUUUAGCAGAGGAGCAGGACAGCUUCCCGAAGCAUUAUGUAGACAUAUAUUGAAAAGUUGGCGUAAUGGGAGGAGUUUGUGCCAUACUGACAAUAAUUCAUACUUGUUGCCAUUUGAUACCAUGUAGAUAAUAUUUUAUGAUGUUAUACUAUGUUAUGUAAAAGGGUGAGAAGUCAGAAUUUAACUAUUUUCAGUGAAUUUGAAAAAAUGUUUUAUUAUUCUGUAAAUCUGAAUUUACCAUUACAAUUAUUACUGGCAUUUAUAAAGCUGCAACAAAUUCAGCAGCGCUGUCAUCAUACGGACAAGCACAAUAUAAAUAACAUGCUUUAUUACUGAUUAUUAAUUACACUUUAACUAGCCAAUCAUGACUUAUUGACUAGUCCAAUACACUAUCCCUAAUUUGGUGUCCACAGACUAGCACCUGCUGUGCAGUCAGCUCCACUAAUUGCAAUCUGGCUCUUUACGUCUCAUUAAAAUAUGGGCAAAUACCGUGUCCCUGCUCUGGGUGAGUGUACUGUGCAGAGAAAUGGGGGAGUGCCCAGAAAUUAUUUUGCAGUUAGCCCCUCUACCAACCUUGAAAUCCCCAGUUUCCAUAUUUACCAUAAAAUAGACUUACUGGACUUCUAAUGGGGUUCUGGAGAUCCUGAACCCCUAAACUUCAACAGAGAAGUAUAUAUCAUGGACCCUAAGAUUAAUUGGGGAGUACUGCAGUUCCUGAACCCCAAGACUUACAUCAGACUAAUACAUAACUGGAACCCCAAUACUUGUGAAAGAGUACUACUAAUCCUGAACCCCAAUACGUUCAAUGAGGUAUAACUAAUCCUGAACCCCGAGGGUUUUCUACUAACCCUGAGCCCCAAUACGUUUACAGGGGAACCACUAAUCUUGGACUCCAAUACCUUUAAUUGGGUAAUAAUACUAAUCUUGCACCUUUAAUGGUGAAUUACUGAUCCUGAACCCCCAGAGUUUUAUUGGGGUACUGCUGCUCAUGAAACAAUACAAAAAUGUACAUUUUAAAGUUAAAAAAGUUAAAGUUUUUAGAAAACUAAGCACUGACACCCCCAGAUCUAAACAUGCACCCCUGUCAAGGCCAGCACUGAAUUCUAGCGAGAUAUUAUAGUCUGCUGUAUAUUGUGCGAAGCGGUCUUGUGUCGUGUAAACCCUGCGUUCGGUCUAUCUUCUCCUUGAUGUGUAAGAUCCAACAUACGCACUUUAACUCUUCGUGGUAUUAAUUUAUGUUUGUUCAGAAAUUCUUGUUAAAGUAUUUGUUGUAUAUAAUUCUUAAUAUUUCAAUUAAAUGGGUUGAUCCUG